AUGGAGCUUCUACAUCCCCACCACCCACCCCAUCUCCACCGUUUAUCUUCGCCGACGAGGUUUUCGUCACCGGAGACGGCGGAAGUUACCGGAAUCCAUGGACAAACUAGCUCUGAGAAACUAUACAUAGCCGUAGGGAAAAAGGUUGGCAAAGCUCUCAGCUUGCUCCAAUGGAGUUUCAACCAAUUCAGUGGAUACGAAAUUUGCUUGCUUCACAUUCACAAACCUUCUCCUCUCAUCCCAACACUCUUGGGGAAAUUACCGGCGAGUCAAGCAAACAGUGAGUCUGUGAAUGCAUACAGAGGAGAAGAGAGGCAAAAGAUGAGGAAGCUACUAGAUCUUUACUUGACAACUUGUGCUCGAGCCAAGGUGAAAGCAAGUGUACUUGUAAUUGAAUCUGAACUUGUACCUAGAGGAAUUGUAGAAUUAGUAAAUAGACAGUGUAUUAAGAAACUCGUGAUGGGUGCUGUAACAUCAAGCUGCAUAAAGAUGAGGAGUUCUCGUAAAGUAGAUUAUGCUUCGAGAAAGGCACCUCCUUUUUGUGAAAUAUGGUUUGUUAUCAAAGGGAAGCAUGGAUGGGUUAGAGAAGCUUCCGAAAGCCGAGAAGUUUCAAGUGAUCGAUCAUUUCGCCUUAGUAAAAGUUAUCUGUCUCUCGCCCUUGGAAAUCUGCGGUCUAGUUCGAGUAGAAACUUGGUUUCAAGUGAGAUAUUCAGCAGAGUUGAGGCUGAUGUGAUUGAUACUGAAGUUCCAAUGCUCUUAUCAAGCACUAAAAGUGGUGUCUGCGGUUCUGUAUUCGUGUCUGAAGAGAGAAGGAUACCGUCAUUAGAUUCUGAUUCAUAUGAAUCUGCACAUGCCCGUCAAAUAAAGCUCAGGGAAAAUGCUGAAAGUGAACUAAAAAGAAUCAUAAACCAACAGGAGAAGCUUUUGGAGGAAAAAGCGGAGCUCUCUAGACGGCUACAAAGAACAACGAGAAACGUUGCUCUCUUGAACUGUCAUACUCAUGGAGCAAGUCGACGGUGUACUAAAGUAUCAACAGAGCUAAAACUCGUGGAAUUGUCUAUCGCCGAGUUACGGCUUGAAAAACAGAAGAUCCAAAGGCAGAAUGUGGAAGCUAAGUGUUGGAUAGAACGGUGGAAAAACGCAGGAUCAUUGAGUUGCAAUGAGUUUGUUGGAAUUUCCGGCGAUGGUAUGCCUGAGCUGGCUGAGUUUUCUUUGUCAGAACUCGAAUCAGCCACGUUCUGUUUCUCGGAGAGUUUCAAGUUGGGACAAGGAGGGAACAACGGGUGUAUCUACAAAGGAGAAAUGAUGGGAAGAACCGUUGCAAUAAAGCGAAUGCAUCCACAUAAUAUGAACUUGCAACAAGAAUUUCAACAAGAAGUUCAGAUUCUCAGCAAACUACAACAUCCUCAUCUCGUUACACUGUUUGGCUACUGUCCUGAAGCAUGGUCACUUGUGUAUGAGUACCUACCAAACGGUAAUCUACAAGAUCAGCUUUUCUGUAAAACCGAUAUAUCUCCUUUGACUUGGGUGACUCGAACUCGGAUUAUAGCUGAAAUCUCAAGUGCUCUCUGUUUCUUGCACUCCGUAAAACCUGAAAGGAUAGUUCACAGCGAUCUCAAACCCGAAAACAUACUUCGUGACUCCAAACUCACUUCCAAAAUAUGCGAUUUCGGAAUCUGCAGGUUGGUAUUUAACGAAGAGGCUAACGGAAGAGCUUUUCCAUAUACUGAUCCAGAGUUAAAUAGGUUUGGAGUCUUAACUCCCAAAUCCGACAUUUACUCGUUUGGCAUUAUCAUCUUGCAAAUGCUCACAGGAAAACCGCCUUUUGAGUUGGUCGGACAAAUGCGAAAAGCCUUGUCCUCGGGGAAGUUAGCCUCAGUUUUGGAUAUAAAAGCUGGAGAAUGGCCAACUUUUGUGGCCGGUCAGCUUGCAAACAUCGGGUUACGGUGCUGUGAACCGAACAGCAAAGACCGGCCUGAGCUAACACCGUCUCUUGUGAGGGAAUUGGAGCAGUUGCAUGCUCCAAAAGAACGAGCUGUGCCAUCUUUCUACUUGUGCCCCAUCCUUCAGGAGAUAAUGUAUGAUCCACAAAUUGCAGAAGAUGGAUUCACAUACGAAGGAGAAGCGAUACGAUCAUGGUUGAGAAACGGGCACGAGACCUCACCGAUGACUAAUCUGAAGCUAAGUAGUCUGUAUCUCACGCCUAACCACGGUUUACGCCUUGCAAUUCAAGAUUGGCUCUGCAAAUCUUGA